GAUGUCCAGUCAAGUCAGGCUGAGGCUGCUGCCCAGCGCCAGGUGUCUGUUCGAUGAGCCCAUCCAGGUGAAGGUGGCCGGGCUGAGGUCCAAGCAGGUGGUCACCAUGAGAGCCAGCUCCACAGAUGAGAAAGGAGUGGUGUUCAGCUCAUCGGCCACCUACAGAGCGGAUAACAGCGGGGAAAUCGACCUGAACAGAGACUCUUCUUCCAGUGGUAGCUACGUUGGGGUGGAGCCCAUGGGUCUGCUGUGGUCCAUGAGGCCAGAUGUCCUGCACAAAAGGUUUCAGAAGACCAACUCCUUAAACCCCCAUGUAGUGAACUUCUCUGUGCAUGAAGAGGAGGGACAGAUACUGGCAGAGGCAACCAAUGAGAGGCUUCUGAUGGGAGAUGGGGUCAGCCGGGUUCCGGUCAAAGAGGGAAACAUUCGAGGGGUCCUCUUUACUCCCACAGGAGAAGGGCCGUUCCCUGCUCUUCUGGAUCUGUAUACGUUUGGUGGAGGUCUGUCGGAGAAAAGAGCGGCUCUGCUGGCCAGCCGAGGAUUCCUGGUCCUGACUGUGGCUCUGUACGGCCACGAUGACAUGCCCAGGAACAUUAAAGAAGUUCAUCUGGAUUAUUUUGAAGAAACACUUAACUUUUUACAAAAACAUAAGAAGGCGGACAGUAAAGGAGUUGGUGUUUUAUCCCUUUCUAAAAGUGGAGAUCUUGCUCUGUCAGUAGCAUCUUACCUUACAGGAGUUAAAGCUGUCGUCUGGAUCAAUGGCUGCUCCGCUAAUACAGCCUUACCCCUGUACUACAAGAAAAUACAGAUUCUUCCAGCAUUAAUGUUUGACCCUAACAAAGUCAUUUCCACCGAGUCAGGAGCCAUUAUCACCAAAUACGCAAUGCAUGAUCCUCUGGCAGAGGAAAACAAGGCAAGCCUGGUGCCCAUCGAACGAGCGAGUGGAUGUUUCCUUUUCGUAGCUUCAGAGGAUGAUCUCAACUGGGACAGCAAGGCCUACAUGGACGACAUGAUGGAGAGGCUGAUUCAUCAUGGGAAGGAGAACUUUGAGUAUCUGAGCUAUCCUGGAGCUGGACACUACUUGGAGCCCCCGUAUGGACCGUAUUGCCCCUCCAGCUUUCAUGGAGUUGCAGGUAGACCUGUUCUGUGGGGGGGUGAGCCCAGGUCCCAUGCUGCAGCUGAAGUCCACCUCUGGAAGAAGAUCCAGGAGUUCUUCAGAACUCACUUACAGGGUGACACGCCCCAAACAAAAUCCCAAUUAUAGCUUCUAACAGGAAAAUCAUAAUUCUUUGGCCACCAUUCAUUUUGUUUAUAAUAACUAUUAAGCUGUGAAUUUGACUUGAUCACACUUAUUUGAAAUUAUUUUAAUAUUUCAACCGGAGUGUUUAAAGGGGAUUCAUUUCCUCUAAAGAAGCUGAACAAAAAACAAAAUGUUUCUAUUUCUUGAUAAAAAAUUAUCUUUAAGGUAGUCAUAACUUUAUUAUUGUUUAUUGAUUUCAGCUUUUUAUAUAAAAUAAUCAGUUCUGAUAGAAUAAUGAAACAAUGAGUAAUGGUAAUAAUUUUCUGAAUCAACUUUUGUGUAAACUGUGGAGAUGCAACUGACCUUACAGAACUAUACCCAGAGUUCAUUUGUGAAUAUAA